CCACCAACCAAAACUACCCCCCCUUUGCAAGUCAACAGACCGACUUUUUCCACAACCUCAUAACACUUUCAAGAUCGCGAGACUUAUUCCUGUCCUAACGCACAUCCCUUUGAAUAACGCGAAAAAUGGCGAACGCAACCAAGGUUUUCUCCCUCGAGGGCAAGGGCAUCAAGUUCAACACCGCCGAAGAUGUAGAACCUCACAUCAAAGCUCUCCGCGAGAUGGACGACGUGGAGGAGGUGCGCCUUCAAGGCAACACCGUCGGAAUCGAAGCCGCCGCCGCCUUCGCUGACGUUUUCCGCACCAAGAAGACUCUCCAAGUCGCCAACCUCGCCGACAUCUUCACCGGCCGCCUCCUCUCUGAGAUCCCCACCGCCCUCUCCUCCCUGCUCACCUCCCUCCUCGAGCUCCCCAACCUCCACACCGUAAACCUCAACGACAACGCCUUUGGCCUGAACAUGCAAGCGCCCCUCGUCGCCUUCCUCUCCUCACACACACCCCUUCGCCACCUGUACCUCAACAACAACGGCCUCGGCCCCCACGCUGGAAUCAUGGUCGCCGAUGCGCUGUCCGAGUUGCACGCCAAGAAGGUCGCCGCGCGCGCGGCAGGCACCGAUGUCCCAGAUCUCGAGACUGUGAUCUGUGGCCGUAACAGACUUGAGAGCGGGUCUAUGCUCGCGUGGGCCAAGGCGUUCAGCUUGCACACGGGCGUUCAGGAGGUGAAGAUGGUGCAGAAUGGGAUUCGUACUGAGGGGACUGUGCACCUGAUCUCCGACGGUUUGCGCCACGCUAAGGGCCUCCGCGUGCUUGAUCUGCAGGAUAACCUUUUCACAAUUCUGGGAGCGAGAGCGCUUGCCAAGGCUGUAACGGGAUGGGAGGAUAUUGAGGAGAUUGGAGCGAGCGAUACGCUUUGGGGCGCUAGGGGAGGUGUGGUGUUGGCGCAGGCGUUGGCGGGUGGCAAGAACAAGAAGUUGCAUACGUUGAGGAUGCAGUAUAAUGAUAUUAACGCGAAGGGGCUGAAGGUGUUGACGGAGACGAUUAAGUUGGCGCUGCCGGCGAUGAAGAGGGUGGAGUUGAAUGGGAAUAAGUUCUCGGAGGAUGAUUGGGCGCUUCAGGAGCUGAGGGAGCUGUUGGAGGAGAGGAAGGAGAAGUUUGGGGGAGAUGUGGUGGUUGAAGAUGAUUGGGGAAUUGAUGAGUUGGAUGAGCUUGAUAGUGAUGAGGAAGAGGAGGAAGAAGAAGAGGAGGAGGAGGAAGAGGCUGAGGAGAGGAGAGAGAAGCUGAUUGAGGAGCAAGAGGAGGCUCAAGAAGAGCCGGUGAUCCAGAAGAAGGAUAAGGAGGUGGAUGAGUUGGCGGAGGCGCUGGCUAAGAAGGUUGAGAUCUAGACGAGACAGGCAUUCGAAGAUGAGAAGUAGAUACAGGCAUACGAUGAAGGGUCCUGAUGGCGUUGUGUAAAUGUCGGUGUUGGUUUGGCCAGGAGAUGGGGCCUUUUUUGCGUUUAGCGUAGAUGAAAUGCAUAUAUCAUAAAAUUCAACAGACGCGAGCGCAUCAGGA